AUGGAGAGCCCCGCGAUGCACGCCCUUCUUCAGGUAGCCGUCUCACGCCUUGUGCGCUCUCUGGAAGCGCGCUGCUUUUUAGAUGUCUGCCAAUGGCAGUUCAAUGCAUAUCAGCUCGUGAAUAUAGCCAGCCAUUCUUGGCCCAAGAUAUCUCUGCUUGACAGCUCCAAGGAGAACGACCAUACAAGGCUCCAGUGGCCUGAGGGACUCUCUGAGGAAGGCCUGCUGCGCUGGUGGAUCAGUUCAAAUGGCGGAUACAUUCAUCCUGCCCUGCACCUCACAGAAUCCCCCUCCUGUGGCGGCAGGGGCUGGGUGGCAUCUGGCACCAUUGAUCACAAGACUGUCUGCGAAGAGCCGGUCAUUGUGAUCCCCUAUGGCCUGGGCUACUUUGCCAAAAAUGCCAUCGCGGAGCUGAACACAGUCUUGCAGAGAGCUGGAUCAAAGCGCACGCUUGAGGAGAUGGUUUCUCUGUCUACUCUGGAGAGUGGGCUGCCGCUGGCCGUUGCACUGGCAAAUGAGCGGAAGAAAGGCGACCAGUCUGAGUUCUGGCCCCACCUGCGGCUGCUGCCCACAGAGCCUCCAUCCCUGUGGCUGAAGACCACAGCUGAGCAGUCUGCCUUCUAUGACACACUAGGUUGGCCAUCCACCAGAAAGAAAGCUGUGAUCAAGCAGCUCAGAGCGGAGAAAUGCAGGAUGGAGAAUCACUUGGAUACCUUCUUGACCAAGACCAAGCUUCACAGCCUCAUGGGCCUGACUCGAGAUGAAGUCAUGUGGGGCUUAUCAACUGUCCAGGUGCGCAAACACAGCUCAGGCCUUAAGGGCAACAUCAAGGUCGGCAUCGACUUUCUCAAUCACCACCAUGAGGCAGGCAUAGUCCUGAGGCUGCCUCCCUUUGGCACUGAUAGAGAUGCGGCAAAGACCAAUGAAGAUCUUGAUAAUCUCCAAAUGAUCAUUUCAUGCAUGGCCGGCAAACCAACCCCCCUCUCAGAAGGCGAUGAGCUCUUUAUUAUAUACCCCUCUGCAGAUAUUCCAGGCCGCACAAGAGAUACCAAAAUUGAAGAGAGCAUUGUCCAGUUUGGAUGUGUCCUAGAACCCCGCUCCAUCACCUUCAAUCAGGAGGGUUCCCGCUAUGCUGGCAAUGAGAUUCCCUUUGGCGCUCUGGAGAAGCAUUACAACCUGACAGUGGAGGAGAAGGGUGCCCUCAACGACAAAUUUUAUGCCCUCUACGAUACAAACCCUGACCACCCGUACAUCAUCAACUACUUCCUACCCUUGAGGAAGAGCUACGAGAAGCAACAGGCAGAGGGACUGCUAUCAGCUGAGACCAUCAAGCAAGCAAAUGCGCUGAUGUGCGUGAACCCAGGCUGCCCCAGGCAUCCAGCCUACGACAGGAAGCAGCAAUUCUGCACUGUGUGCCAAGCGCACUACUGCAGCCGCAACUGCCAGAAGGCGCACUGGCCGGAGCACAAGCUGCGCUGCAAGGCUGCAGCUGCCAGAACGGAGCAGUUCCUCAAGAAGCUGCAAGCCACACAUGGACCUGAGGGUGUGGUUGCUGCAAUGGAGCUGGCAAGGAAGCUGAUGGCUGGACAGCAUGGCAACGCCGGCGCUCGGGAGGAGGUCUUGAAGAUGCUGGGCAUCGGGGGAUCUGCCAUUGGUGCAGACACAUGA